GUCCUGUGGGUGGAAGCUCGCUGACUGGGUUUCGGUGUUGCGCGCAAUGCUGCGGCGAGGAGACCGGACGCUGAUACCGAGACACUUGAAUUAGCUUUAGCAGAAGAGAAAUGGAGGAACCAUAGAACAUUAAGGAUGAAUUCAGGAAGACCCGAGACCAUGGAGAACUUGCCUGCUCUCUACACUAUUUUCCAAGGAGAGGUUGCUAUGGUGACAGACUAUGGAGCCUUUAUCAAAAUCCCAGGCUGUCGGAAGCAAGGUCUGGUCCAUCGAACUCAUAUGUCAUCCUGUCGCGUGGAUAAGCCCUCUGAGAUAGUAGAUGUCGGAGACAAAGUGUGGGUGAAGCUUAUUGGACGAGAGAUGAAAAAUGAUAGGAUAAAAGUAUCCCUUUCCAUGAAGGUUGUCAACCAAGGGACUGGGAAGGACCUUGACCCCAACAACGUUAUCAUUGAGCAAGAAGAGAGGCGGAGGCGGUCCUUCCAGGAUUACACUGGGCAGAAGAUCACCCUCGAGGCUGUCCUGAACACUACCUGCAAGAAGUGUGGCUGUAAAGGCCACUUUGCAAAGGAUUGUUUCAUGCAGCCAGGUGGGACCAAGUACUCUCUGAUACCUGAUGAGGAAGAGGAGAAGGAAGAGGCAAAGGCAGCAGAGUUUGAAAAGCCUGACCCCACGAGAAAUUCUUCUAGAAAAAGAAAGAAGGAAAAGAAGAAAAAGAAACAUAGAGACAGGAAGUCAUCUGACUCUGACAGCUCAGACUCUGAGAGUGAUACAGGCAAGAGGGCAAGGCACACGUCAAAAGACAGCAAGGCAGCAAAGAAGAAGAAAAAGAAGAAGAAGCACAAGAAGAAGCACAAGGAGUGAGAGUGGAAAGAGUGGAGGGGGUGGUGGAGAGAAGGAACCAGGAGCCUUGUGCCUUGAAGUGCUGGCUCCUGGAAAGACUCAGUAGUGAGAAUAUGGCCUUCCACCCCAUUGACUUCUCUCCCAUGGGAGAUGGCUUCCCCUCCUGCCACAGGCAGGUUUGGGAGAUAUCAAAAGUAUCUGCCUGAAUGAGUUGUUUUCUUAUCACUCCAGUCCCUUUGCAAGUGACCCCUGCAGCUGACCCAUUCAUUCACCCAACUUCCUUCAUUCAGCAGAAGGUCCUAUUACCCUCUUCCAGCUGCCACUGCCAGAGCCAGAGUCCAGGCUAGAGCCACAGGUACUGCUGUGGAGGUGAGUCUGGCUGUAGUUGGAGAACAGAGUGAUUGGCCCCUCCCUGUUGGCCUUCCUUGGGCUGAUUGGUGGGUGAUCUCUGCUGCAUCCAACACAGGGGCAGAGGGAGACUGGCAGUACUAGGGAGAACAUGGUAAGAAGUGGUGCUCACUUUUUCCAUUCCCCCUAACAUGAUUCUACUAUGUUAGAAUGACAGCCAGUGGUCACCACUGGCCAGAAAACCAUUGUUUGCAGUGACUGAGCUUGUGUGUGACGUUCCGCCCGAUCACUGAACCAGACAGCUCAAGCCAAGAUCAUUGCUUUACUUUUAUUUACUACAAUGUGAAUCAGUUGGUUCCAUUUCAGGUCUCUGCUUAAAUUCCUGGCCCUAAAUGGAAGUAUGCUUGGUUUUAAACUUACUGAGAGUCCUUAUUGGUAUAAUCCCUCUUCCUGUAACUUACAGACUUAAAAGUCACUGAGGCUGCAUUAGGUGACAGAAAAACAUUUAACAUGUUACCUUAGACCUUAGAGAGUGGCCCAGCUAAGGUACAGUGCCAGAGGCACUAGCAAGUCACAGCCUUCUUAGAUCACUUAUAAGCCCUCACUUCUGUAAUGAUCAGAUGACCUCUCCCCCAGGGCUGAUUAGAGAACCAGUAAGAAUUUGAACCAUGAGUAAUGGCCUAGCACAUAGGCAGAUGCUCAGCAGUCAUCUUCGUCAGUGGGCAUUUUCUCCCACCACCACUGGCACAAGCCUGGAUCCUGUGUCCUAAGCCUGUGUUCUGGAAAGAGAGAGACCACAGCAUUCCACAGAGAAGAGCAACUGUCCAGACCCAAAGGCAUUCAGUGCAGGAUGGACCUGAGGUGACAGUUCAGAAGCCCCACCACUGAGUGAUUAUUCCAGGUUGGACUAGCUCAUUUGGCCAUAGGGAGGGGGCAGUGUAAAGGGAAGUUGUAGGUACAGCUGUUUUAUUUUUUGUACGUGUAAGGUGAUCAGCUAUCACUGUCCCUGAGACUGUCCAUUGCAGUCUCUCAUCCAGUGCUUCUUCCUGAGUGGCAGUCGUUUAUGCCUACUCUCUGACACACACAGAAACUGAGACUCCCAGAAUCAUGUCACCAAAAGCAAAAAGGCAACUGGGUGGCCUAGGUGCUGCUUUAUUGACCUCAGAGCACCCUUUGGGUGCAGUUAAAAAAACAAACAUACACAAUGAGAACAGAACUGGAUCCAGGCUGGUGCCACCUGACCCCAGGAGAAUUUCCCCAAUCAAGGUGGAUUUAUACAAAAUGCCGAAGGAAAAAAAUGAGUCAAUCUGGUGCUGAGUCCAGGAGUAGCCAACUGGCAGAGGAGGAGUUGUUGAGGGAGUGGGCAGGUCAUGCCCCUUUCUCGUAAGUGCGAGUGCAAACUGCAUUGCAGUGGGUGAGUGUCUGGAAGAAAAGAGAGUCACGUUAGGGCAGGGGUGUAGACACAGAAGGUAUUGGGAAUACUCUCCACUCUGAUGGGGAGAGCCCUCUACCUUCAUGCUAAAAAUUUUCAUUUACUGCCUACCUACUACGUGCCAGGUACUUUACAUGUAUUUUUUCCUAAUGCUUACACCAAGUCUUUUUUUUUUUUUUGGCCAUGUCAUGUGGUUUGCGGGAUCUUAGUUCCCCAACCAGGGAUUGAACCCGGGCCACAGCAGUGAAAGCACCAAGUCCUAACCACUGGACCACCAGGAAGUUCCCCUAAGUCUUUAAGUUAGGCAUUGUAAUUCCUCUUGUAGAGAUUUGGGGAAAUGAGCUUUCAGGGAGGAAGUAACUUGGUCAAGAUCCCAGAGUGUUUCUCUUUCCCUUGUACCACUCCUCUCCCUUCAUCUUUAGUGCCUAAGAUGGUGCCUGGCACAUAGGAGACAAACAGGUGAAUAAAAAUGUCCAGAGGCUCUUGGGAAAGGACUUUACUAGGCCACCAACUCUCCAUUCUUUCCCUAACUUAGGGUAGUGCCCGGGCCAGAGGCCUGAACCGCCAGCAUCCUGCCUGGCAUCAUAGAGCCAGGCCCAUGGUUUCACCAUAGCUUAACUGCCCAGUGAGUAUUUGGUGCUGUAUAUCACAUUCCCACCAGAGCUAGGUAACUCAUUAUUAACUCUGCAGGGUCCCCUGCCCCGUGUAAGUGCAAGAAUGCAGUGACCAGGUUACACUGACCCAAGAAGGUCUGCAGUGAAGAUGCUGAGGCGAAAACCUGAGGCCCUACAGAAUGAGGCGGCAGAGAUCACGGGUGGCUGCUGUCUCCACCCCUGGGGGUGUUCAGUCAAGGCUACAUUCUUCAAGUGAAGUCCCCAAGUUUGUCCCUAAACAGACAGAUCUAUCUGCCCGCUUGUUUGUCAUUUCCAACCCAGGCCUUAGGUACUUGUAGUAGGCCAGGCAUGGAAAGCUCUGAGAGGAGGUGAGCCUGGAAUGAAGUAGAAAUGACUGUGCUGUUAGUUGGGGCCCCACCGAUCACCAGCCUGUCCCUGCCCAAAGGCUUGGGAGAUGGGAGCCUCUCCUAUGGACCUGGAAUCAGAUUUGGCCAAGCUUUCUACCUCUCCCUGGGGCAAGGCAAUGCGGCAAUGCAGAGAAUGAAACUAAGACCAUGGAGUGCGCCUACUGUAGUGGUCCCACACCAGUGAUGCUCUGUGCUCUGCAUCCACUGUCUCCUUCAGACUUCCCAGCAGCCCUACAAGGUUAGUGUUAUUAACACCCACUUUACAGUUGGGCUUGGAGAAGGUGACUUGUCCAAAGUCAUGCACCCUAUAAGCUGAGAUUUAAACCAAGUCCAAAGCCACUACAUAGAAAAUUCCUACCUAAUACCACCCAGGCCUGCCUCCACCCUCCAUUGUUCCAGCUUCCAUUGGUCCCACUGAUGACCUUGGCUUUUCACAAUAGGCUUGGCUGAAGGGGCAGUAGAAACGAAUUGGGUGAGGCCCCAGAGUUAUCCAUCUUACCAGGAUGAGUUUCCCAGCAACUACUUCCCGCACAAGUGUUGUCUCUUGUCCGUUCCACUUCUGCACGUGGACGAGUUUGCCUCCAUCCAGCGUCACAAUGGACUGUGGAAAGAGGGUAGAGGCCUGAGCUGAGAUCUGAGCUAGGACUGAGGGGCAAGAAGGGGUCUGGUCACUGGGGCCACAAAGGACCCAGCCUCUAUCCCUAUUGACAAUGCUAGGAUCAGAGAUCAGGCAGCCCACCUCCAACCUAGCCCCAUAGGAUGUCUAGUUCACCACUGCUGCUUGGCCGGGGGAGGGGCCUUCAGCUGUUGGGCGAGUAGGGAGAGGCAGAUAGCACAGUGGAGAGGAACAGCCUGGCUCUGAGAAGCGCCACCAGCCUUCAGGAUGGGCACUUAUCCCGUACUCUAGGUGAUGCCCACAGCCCAGUCUCACUAAGACACAGAGUGGGGGGACCAGCCCAAUGCCUGUGAAAGACUGGUGAGGAGGAGUAACCCUGAGACUCUCCGGCCAAGUGGUGAUCACACGUAAUGUCUAAAAGACCCUUGGGGGCGGGAGGUAUUGGAAAAUUGGACCCUGCCCUGUAUUCCUACUCCUCUUGGUCCAUAUCAAGUGACCCCCUUCAGGUGACGAGUGGGCAGCAACUGCCAGGUCCUGGGACUGCGGGCCCUUGGAGUGUUCCACAGCCCUGGUCAAAUGUCCACUUAAUCUUAUGGGUGCUGCCAGCCUGCAUCAGCUGGCUCUCAGUUGGCAACUCUCCCAGGUCUCUCUUCUCUAGAAAUUUGGGGGCUCUAAGCCAGGCUAGGGUACCCUGACUGACCAGGGUUCAGUAGAAGAGUCUGCAAAGGCUGUGUGUAUGUGCUUUGGGGCCAGUGGGUCGGUGGGUGUGCACCCUUACCACCACCUUCCUCCUCAUUCUCAUUCCUCUAGCUUUUUGUCCAUUCAGAGCAGGUUAUGUUUAGCCCAGGCAUCCCAGAGAACUACUGUUGUGUUUAACUGGGGUUCUUGCCCUUCAAGAAGGUAGGCUAGUUCAAGGAGGUAAAGGCAUGUGGUAGGGCAGGCACCUCUCUCCAAGGUAGGCUGCCAUCUUUGGGUACCAUCCCAUCUCUGCUGCCAGCUUCCUGUAUGAUCCUGGGCUGGGCUCCAGCUUCCUCCACAGGGAGGAAAUUAGACCCUCUCCUCUCCUUGGGAGCAGCUGUGAGGAAGAAGAAACAGCUGAGGAGCUGAAUGGAAAGGUCUGGUGGAAAGGUACUGCUAUAGGUACACCCUGUUGAGAGCAAAACCCCUUAGUUCUCUCUUCCAUGCCUGGCUCAGUGGCUGGAAGGCCUGAGGCAAGCUGCCAAGACAGCCACCACCGGGUGACAAGUCCUAAGACUGGGGGCAGAUGUACUCUCCCUCCCCAGGAGGAGAGGGGCUAAGGCUUGGUGAGAAGACACUAUAAACACAUGAAAGACAAUGCUCUAUCCAGAAUAUAGUUUUUCCUGCCUGUAGGCUGGCAGCAUUGGAAAUGGUUUCUCAGGGUCACUGGCCAAGCCCUGGAAGUGGAGGCUGGAGAAGAGGAAGCAUCUGAGUAGGUCUCAACCUCUUGUCCCCAGCUGUCUCCUUGGCUCCUGAAGGCCAGGAUGACCUUUCAGUGGAGGACCUUGACUUCUGGGCAUUGUUCCUAAAGCACCCGAGGUCACAGCCAUGUCCACAUAAGCCCCCAUCUAUGGAAGGGGAAAGAAAGCCAGAGCUGUUGCAUGCCAUACACAAGGUCACCCAGCUGGAGCUGGCGUAGACAGUGAGGUCAGACUAUCCAGGCUCUGUGCUGCCCACUCCCAGAGGCAACAGGUAGAUGCUUCCCAAGAUGGGACGGAGAACAAGAUAGGACUAGCAUGCAUUUAGCACUUGGGACAUCCCAGCACUGCACAGGCGUUAUGGACCUCAUUUGCCACUUCAAUCCCCCAUGAUAGCCUACCCCUCAACGUGCAAUAAUAGGGCGCCACCGUAAUCCCCUUCAGGGCCUUCCAUUCCCCAUGGACCCUUCCUUGACUCACCUUGACCUUCCUGUCAUCUGCUGUUGUCUCAUCGAACUCCACUCCCAGCUUGAAGCUGACCUCCGUGUUCUUAAAGGUGCUUUGUGUUUUUA